AUAUCCCUUUGCUUAUGGCAGUUUUUAGUUAUUCCUGUAGUCUAUGCUUACGAGUAUCAUGAAUAUAGGAAAACGUAUCUUGCGCAUGUCGUGAAUUUUUUUACUGACGUAUGAACGCGCGAAGUUAAUACAUUGGCCGGUUUUCUAUCAGUCAACGUUCAAGCGAUAUAAUUUUGAACAAAAUGCAUGGUUUUUUGAAAAGAGGUAAACUCGGCCCCAGUGACAGAAAGCCUACUUCAAGUUCGAGUUCAAAGGAUAAGCGUAAAGGACCUUCACCACCAUGGGUUGAAAAAUAUAGACCCAAAACUGUAGAGGAUGUUGUUGAACAAGGCGAAGUAGUCAAGGUCUUACAACAAUGUCUAGUUGGUGGCGAUUUCCCCAAUCUGUUGUUUUAUGGCCCACCAGGGACGGGGAAGACCAGCACAAUAUUAGCUGCUGCAAGACAAUUAUUUGGGGACAUGUACAAAGAUAGGAUAUUAGAAUUAAAUGCCUCUGAUGAACGUGGCAUCCAAGUAAUCAGAGACAAAGUUAAAACUUUCGCACAGUUGACAGCCAGUGGCACAAGACCCGAUGGUAAACCAUGCCCUCCAUAUAAGAUAAUAAUUCUUGAUGAAGCAGAUAGCAUGACUAAUGCUGCACAAGCAGCGUUACGACGCACUAUGGAACGUGAAUCUCGCAGCACACGAUUUUGCCUAAUAUGUAACUACGUCUCUCGGAUCAUAGAGCCGUUAACAUCUCGGUGCACGAAAUUCAGAUUUAAGCCAUUGGGUCAAGAGAAAAUCAUUGAGCGCCUAGAACUAAUUUGCAAUAUGGAAAAUUUGAAAGCAGAUAAAGCUGUAUUGAUGAAGGUAGUCGAUGCUUCUGGUGGAGAUAUGAGACGAGCUAUAACAUGCUUACAAUCUGUAUCAAGACUAAAGGGCAAAGGUGCCGAAUUUGCAAUAGAUGAUGUACUGGAAGUUACCGGGGUGAUUCCCGAUAAAUGGUUGGAUGAAAUGAUUGAAAUGUGCCAGUCAAAGGAUUACAACAAAGUGGAAAUGUUCAUCGACAAUUACAUGAUGGAAGCUUAUGCAGUAUCACAGGUUAUUGAACAAUUGAAUGACAAAAUUGUUUAUUCCACCGAACUCUCUGACAAACAGAAGGCGAUAAUUGGAGAAAAACUUGCGGAAUGCAGUUAUCGAUUGUUGGAAGGCGGAAGUGAAUAUAUGCAGUUAAUUGAUCUUUGCUGCGGUAUCAUGAAAGCCUAUGAAGUUGAUUAAAGUGAUCUAAAAUUUCGGUGCAAAUGCUGAAUUAAUUUUAAUUGUGUAUCUAUAUAUUUUUUUUAAUAAAGAAAUAUUUACGUCGAUAAA